AUGUGUCAUUUUGAGAUUGUGUAUGGAUACCCCCUACCCCACAUCAGGUCCUAUGAAAUUGGUUCGGCCAAGUUAGACAUGAUUGAGAAAAGCCUUAUUGCCAAGGACAAAUUGCUUGCCAUGCUCAAAACAAAUCUAACUGUUGCACAGAAUCGAAUGAAAAUGCAAGCUGAUAAACAUAUGAAUGAAAGAGAGUUUGCAGUGGGGAAUUUAGUGUACUUGAAAUUGAUCCCUUAUCAAUUACAGUCACUAGCUUCACACUCCUAUCACAAACUCCAUCCAAAGUUUUAUGGGCCAUUUGAGAUUUUGGAAAGAAUUGGGAAGGUAGCCUACAAGUUGAAACUGCUUGAUACUACAAAGAUAUACCCUGUAUUCCAUGUGAGUUGUUUGAAGAAGCAUUUGGGUCCAGCUGCCAACCCUCUACCAGUUCUGCCAGCAGUCACAGAUGAUGGAUUGCUCCAUCAAUAA